UAUAAAGCUUAUUUGACAAUUGGGCAUUUGGGCAAUUGGGCUAUAGCUCAUUACCCAUAAGGCAUCUCGUGUCUUACUCGAACUCUGAUUUCCUUUUUCUCUUGCUCGUUUAAUCCCUCUCGAACUCUGAUUUCCUUUUUCUCUCUCGUUCCCUUUCUUCCUCGCAUAGAAAUUUCUAAAAAUCUCCGAUGGAUGCGCCAUUAUCUGCUUAUAUACACACCCAUCGGUUUUCUUUUUUUUCCCACCGAAUUCCUCAGUCUCAGCAACCCUGUUUCCAACCCACGACGAGUCGACGACAAUGGGUAAACGCAUUAGUCAACGUAAAAGCGCGUCAUUGUUCGAAAGUGAAGAAGACGACACCUUGAGCCCUUCGUCGACAACGACUUACGACGACACGCAGGAGCAGGAGUUUGAUGACUCGGGAUUGGAAAAAUAUCUCGAUGAUUUGUACGAGAAAAGGGGAUCCACGCAACAAUCGGCUCUAUCGUUCACCAUCGAUGCUUUUAUCAGUAGGUUGCAGCAUCAAUUCGUUGAAAACAACUGCAUUACUUUGCUGCACCAGUGCCUCAAUUCAAUCAAGAAGGGGUCCAGCAAGGAGAUUUCCUUAGCCUGUCGUGUUAUCGGAUUGCUGGCUCUCACCGUUGGUCGUGGCAACGGUGCAGCGCAUGAAAUCUUGGAAGAUUCAAUCACUCCCCUUUCCCAAGCUCUGAUAUCUGGAUCUGGAUCUGAUUCAUUGAAGAUAUCAUCCAUACUGGACUGUUUGGCUGUAGUCACCUUCGUUGGCGGAGAUGAUGAUCCAGAGGAGAUUAAAAGAUCGCUGCAAAUUAUGUGGCAGUUUAUUCAUUCCAAGUCAGGUCCCAACGUGAAUGCCUCCAAACCUCCAGUGGCUGUACUAACUGCUGCAAUAUCUGCUUGGUCGUUUCUUCUUACAGCCAUUACUGGAUUGAGGAUUAAUUCAGAAAUCUGGCAACAUUCACUUACCCGUUUCUCACGUCUUCUUGAUAAGCAUGAUCGAUCAAUUCGCGUUGCAUCGGGUGAAGCCAUAGCUCUUAUUUUUGAGAUUGGACAACAAGAGAAGUUGUCUGCAAGUGCACAAAUGCAAGGAUUGAGGGUUAAGAUCUUGAAUCAAGUGAGAGACCUUUCUGUGGAGACAGGUGGUAAAGGUUAAUCUAAGAAAGAUCUCAACACCCAGAAGAACUUGUUCAAGAACAUCACUGAAUUUCUUAAGGAUGGUUACUGCCCAGAAACGUCAAGGAAGAUCGGUGCAGAUGAACUGAACACUUCAACUUGGUGUCAGCUGAUACAGUUGAACUUUCUGAAGCGAUUUUUGGGGGGAGAUGGGUUUUUCAAGCACAUGCAGGAGAAUGAAUUGCUGCAGGAAGUGUUCGACUUCAGUCCAAGGGGAUAGGAUUUAGGAGCUGAGCAUCUGAUGAGAGAGAGGAGGAUGUACAAAUCCCCAAAUUCUGUCGCCAACAAGGCGAGGGCAAAGUUUUUGAACAAGCAGCGAAUGAUAUCUCGGGAGGAGAAGGUGGGGUACUUCGCUGUUGGCGUUGGAAGCCAAUAAUGAAAUCAGUACUGGAGAUGUCAAAGGAAAGCGAAAUCAGAUCACCAGCACGUUCCAACCCUCUACCAACAUCAUCUUACACUGCACAUUUUCUAUCGGCCAUACUAUUAUUUUGUGGUUUUAACUUUUAACCACGCCA